CAAUCCCUCUGACUCCUACCAAGAGUUGCUGUGACCACUGCCUCUCUUUGCAGGACCGCUGCCUUGCAAAGCCUAUAAAAUGUGUAACCGAUUUGUGGGCACCUGGAAACUCAUCUCCAGUGAAAAUGUUGAUGACUAUAUGAAAGAAUUGGGAGUUGGCUUAGCUACCCGGAAAUUAGGUGGCCUGUCAAAGCCUAAUGUGAUCAUCAGUAUGAAGGGGGACACAGUAACCAUCAGAACUGAAAGCACUUUCAAAAAUACAACGAUCUCUUUUAAACUGGGCCAGCAGUUUGAUGAAACAACAGCAGAUGACCGGAAAGUCAAGAGUGUCGUAACCUUGGAGAAAGGGGCAUUGGUGCAAGUGCAGAAGUGGAAUGGCAAAGACACCACAAUAAAGAGAAGACUGGUUGAUGGCAAAAUGGUGGUGGAAUGUGCCAUGAGAGGAGUUGUCUGCACUAGAGUCUAUGAAAGAGUGUGAAGAAAUUCCCUCUCCACACCAGAUUGGGACUGGCUCUUAAAACUCGGCUUAGUUCAGUGACCAAAGCCUCAUGCACUAUGCUUCUUUAUUUUCUUAUUUUCUUUUAUUGGGAAAAUGACUACACUAUAAUUUGAUAUUUCAGAGCCAUAGUGUAACUAAUCUAAAGUAUUGUGGUGAUCCAAUAAACAGCUGCUCAACAUAUAAAA